AGGGCGUUAAGAGAGAAAUGGGAGGAGUCGGUGAGAGCCUGAAGGUUUGUACCAUCAGCUCUGCAGAAACGUGCAGUCUGAUUCUGAACAAACCUGGUACCUGAUGAACAUGCUCAGGAAACUAACGGACACUGUUUUAAUUUGAAAGUCACCUGUAAACCUUCACUUGGGACCGGGGGGAACUUCCUGUGAGUUUGGAACGGGCGUCGCAGCACCAACAGAACCAAGAAAAAGUUUUUAAAGGACUUUAAAUGGGCUGAUAUCAGAAACUUUAAGGUUGGGAAAUAUGUGAAAGAAUGUGAGGGACGGCCAUGGGAAUGCAGAGACGGUGGCAUCAGGUUAUCACCACUGCUGUAGCUAUCUGUCUGCUAAGUGUGUCGCAAGGUGGAACAACAUUGGUUCGUGCCAAAGAGGGGAGCUCUGCAGAGCUGGGCUGUAGUCUUACUCCUUCCAAAGACAACACCAGCCCAAACCUCUUUCCACUGCACGUGGUUGAGUGGGUUCGUCUUGGUUACAACGUUCCUGUCCUCAUCAAAUUUGGAGUUUAUGCUCCUCGAGUCCAUCCGAACUAUAAAGGUCGUGUGUCCCUGACCCGUGGUGCCUCUCUGCGAGUGGAAGGGCUAACCCUAGAUGACGAGGGCUGGUUUGAAUGCCGCAUCCUACUCUUGGACAGCAAAACUGAUGACUUUCAAAACGGGACAUGGACCUUCCUCUCCAUCACAGCACCACCUGUGUUCAUCAAGACUCCACCAACCUUCGUAGAGGUUCUACUGGGAGACUCUCUAACCCUCAGCUGUGGAGCCCACGGCAACCCUCAACCGACUGUCGUGUGGCAUAAAGACGACAGGCUCGUUGAGAAACAUGAAAAAAUAAAAGUGCUCAAUGGUACCUUGUCUUUGGCCUCCGUCACGAGGAAUAUUUCAGGGCUGUAUAGAUGUCAUGUGUCAAACUCAGAAGGCAACCUGACCCACUCUACCCAGCUCCAGGUCAAAGGUCCUCCCAUCAUCAUCAUCUCUCCAGAGGACACCACUCUCAACAUGUCCCAGGAUGCUGUGCUGCAGUGCCAGGCUGAUGCCUACCCUUCCAACCUCACCUAUGAAUGGUUGAAACAAGGACAGAAUGUUUACCAUAUUGAGUCCUUGAAGUCCCGUGUGAAGAUUUUGGUUGAUGGAACACUUCUUAUCCCCAACCUUGUUCCAGAAGAUGCUGGCAAUUACACUUGUGUUCCAACUAAUGGUAUACUGACUCCGCCCUCUGCCUCUGCACAUCUGAAAGUGAAACACCCUGCACGUGUGGGUCGAAUGCCCAGGGAAACCUACCUGCCUGCUGGCAUGGAGGGAAUCAUUGUCUGCCCUGUGCAGGCUGAUCCUCCUGUGCUUAAUAUCAACUGGACUAAAGACGGGACUAAUUUAGAUCUCGACAAUUUCCCAGGUUGGAUGGUGAACUCAGAGGGUUCUGUUUUUAUUACAACAGCCAAUGACAAUGCUGUGGGCAUGUACACCUGUACUGCCUAUAACAGCUAUGGCACCAUGGGCCGGUCUGAACCCACACAGGUCAUUCUGAAGGACCCACCGUCAUUCAGAGUUCGUCCUCGUCCUGAGUAUCUGCAGGAGGUGGGCAGAGACUUGGUCAUCCCCUGUGUGGCCGGUGGAGAUCCUGCUCCAAACAUAACUUGGAGCAAGAUUGGCUCGACUCCUCGCUCCACUUACACUGUGUUGGCCAAUGGUUCACUCCUGCUGCAGCCACUCAGUAAAGAUCAUCAAGGUGGCUGGGAGUGCCUGGCCACAAAUCGUGUAGCCACUGUCAGUGCAGGCACUGUGGUCACAGUGCUCGGUACCAGUCCUCAUGGCGUGUCCUCUGUAUCUGUCAGCACGGAGGUGAACCACGCUAAUGUUUCCUGGGUGCCUGGAUUUGAUGGUGGAUACACUCAGAAGUUUACUGUAUGGGUGAAGCAGGCAUCCAGAGGGAAACAUGAGUGGGCCUCUUUGCCUGUGCCCACAUCUAAAACCUACCUGCUGGUGACAGGGCUACUCGCUGGCACCAGUUACCAGUUCAGCGUGCUACCUCAGAAUAAACUUGGCUCAGGACCCUUCAGUGAAAUUGUUUCUGUACAUACCCAAGCUGUACCAACAGAAGCGCCUGCAGUGAGCACCGCUGUCCCCACCCUGGAUCCUCCUGUACUCCUCUCCACUAACAGGACUGAUCAAGGUGUUCUCCUGCAGUGGUCACCUCCUGCAGCUUCGUCCUCACCCCUCAGCGGUUAUGUGCUCCAGGCCCGCAGGGACCAGGGACAGUGGUUUAUCAUCAGUAACAGCAUCAGUGCCAACCAGAGCGAAGCUCUAGUACAAGGACUGCUACGGGAUUCUAAUUAUGAUUUGAGGCUGAUGUCUCGCAGUAACAAAAUACUCAGUGAACCAAGCCACUCUGUCAACAUAUCCACAAUCGGAAUGGAGGUCUACCCUGUGCAUCCUGGUCUCUUGGAGGUCUUCCCUGAGUCUUUGUUGGCUGGCGUGUUAGGCGGAGUGGUCUUUCUGUGUGUGGCCAUUGUCCUGUCUUUGGUGAUGGCUUGCAUUAUGAGUCGCAGAAGACGGCAUCGGCGCAGAAAGAAACGACAAGAUCUCCCGUCUGCCCUCCUAAAGAGCACAUCUCCAGUAUCUGGCUUACCUCCUCACAGCCCAGACAGCGUUCUGAAGCUGAAACUAUGUCCAUCCCUUCCAUUCUUCCCCAACUCAUCCUCCUCACAGUCUGAUCAGUCCUCCUUUGAUAAAGACAGCCGUGGGGAAUACCAGGAUCAGAAGAAACAACUCCUGUCUAACUCAUCUCCACCACCUCAUUACACAGUCUUUGAGAGUCACCUUGGGUCCCAGGCCCCCUCGCCCACUGUUUUGGAGUCUAUCUCUAGAGGUCCUGAUGGACGUUUCAUCGUUCAGCCACUACCAGAGAGUGCUAGUCCUUCUAAUAAUAAGAACUCAAAGAGGGACAUUCUGCAAAGUAACUGUGUGACAGGAAUUAACCGGGCAUCACUGAGGGACUCUCCAAAGUCGAGCAUCGUGAGCUCCGAACAAGGUGAGAAGAAGGGUUCUCCUCUCACUAUGGAUGUCCAGGAGUUAAGCAAGCCUCCCUCCUCCCCUGGAAGAGUACGGGCCAUGGCAAGAAACUUCUCCCGUCAUGGUUGCUUUUAUUCUGAUGACGAACAGAGUUCAGAGAACUUACUGGAAAGAGCCAGCUUCUAUUCAGACAAUAGUGAGAAGAAACCUAGUGAUUCUCUAAGGCGAUAUCGCAUGCUGGGCCACACUGAAGAGCUUUUGCCCAGUUUGGGUAGGAGAUCCAAGCUUCUGGAUCGGGACAGGCCACACCACUCUAGCUAUCAACCUAUGGACAGUGAAAGUGCACUGACUAAUACCAGCAUCGUAGUCUCACAAAUGGACAGUGAGUUUGAGAGAGGUAACAUUAAAAAAUGUGUCAAACUGUCAAAGGAGAGGGAAGAAAUGGAGAAGGCGCUGAGAAGCUACAGAGCCUUUCAAAGAGGUCGAGAAAGAGAUGAGUGUCGGCAUGAAAAAACACAAAGCCCUCAUAGGGCUGGCCUCAGGUCAGAAGAAGAGCUAGUAUGGAAACCACAAGAUGUUCAAAUCAGACAAAAGAACAGGUCCUCUGGUCAGACAAAUCAGGUGGCUGAUUAUAGGAGAGCUUGCUACUUUGGAAACACUAGCAGUCCUAUGGAUCAGCGCCCUGUGUCUCACUUACAGUGGGACAUUAGUCCUGUUUCAUCUGUCACCUGCCUUAUUCCAACACGAAGCCCCACAAAGUCUUUGCUGAGGCCACAGCAUCCCUCCACAGGCGAUGUGCAGGAAACUACAGAGAACUCUCUCCUUGUUGGUGUGGAUUCAUUGCACUCUCCAGUUACUCAGAACACCUCUCUUCCCAUGCUGUCAACUGAUGCCAGCUCAGAAAGCCCACCUAUUCUACAGCUGGGAACACCAGAGAGAGCUAGGUCAAUGAGUCCUCAGAGAGCUGGGUACAGCAAGUCCCUAACUAAGGAUGGACAGAAGGAAAAGAGGCAGGACAGAGGCAUCCCUUCACAACCCAGUACUUCACAUGGUCAUGGCACCCAUUCUUGGGAAUCAGCAUCCAGACCUCUUCCAGAAGACAAUGGAAGGCAUAAAAGUCCAUCUCAAUGUGUCAAAAAUGCUGCAUUGUAUAAUCAACCAGUUUGUACAGCCAAACAGGGUCCUAGCCCCUCGGGUUUUUCUGCCUUACCCUAUGAUCAUAAUAACAUCAGAGAAAAGGCCACCAAAAGAGAGACUCGCGGUGAAGAGGACCGCCAAAGUUUGAGGUUUUUCCCUGAUUUGGAGACAGAGGGUGUGAGAGCACGGUCUCGGAGGAGUGAUAAAUAUCUCCUUUCUGACAGUCCGAGCCCUAUCUCUGCAUUACCUCUUGUAGAAGAGCCUGCGAGUGACCAGUCCCAAUUUUCUGUUCAGAGAAUAUCAGGGUCCUUCAAGGCCAAGCCUACAGCUGCAUCUCUCAGGAUGUCACCACAACAGACAAGUGCAAUUCUUGAAUACCUGAGCCUUCCAGGUUUUAUUGAAAUGAGCGUGGAUGAACCUGUCGAGGAAGCCGAAGUGGCAGACGCUGUUGGAAAAAUUUCAGAACUCCAAACAAAUGAGACAGUAGCUAAACCAGAUGUAGUUCCCAAAAGCUGGGAUGUUCAUUGUCAGGAAAAGCAGGACAUUUACACAAAACAAAACAAUCCUGCAGGUGCCGUGGAGGCCAACUUUGAUGCUUGUGAACAGCAAAAUUGCAGACACUCCCACCAAGUGGAAGCAAAACAUUCUUCACACAGAGUAAAAUUUCUUGAUGAGGCAAAAUUAAAAUCAGUCAAUCCAGGGGAAACUCGGAAGGAGAUUUAUGAGGAGAAAUCACAAAUUCUGGUUGGAGCUAAAAACACAUACAGACCUGAGUCCAGACUCGCAUCCAGGUCAGCUCAGGCUUUGUUUAGUGCAGCUAAAGGUAUGGCAGAUAUCGUGUCAAAACACUCGUUUGUUGACACUCACGAGUCAACAGACCAAUCUCAACAAUUUUCUCAGGGCAGCAAAAUUAACAAUAUUGCAUCACGGAUAUGUCAAGUUCCAGUGCCAUAUCUGAAGAAGUCCUUGAGUGUGGGACCAUGUAAAACCCUUUCAGGAGUGAGACAGCACAGUCCUUUCCUAAAGAAAUCCAUUAGUUUAGGCGCACAGAGAUGGGAACACUUUGAGAGCCCAAGGACAUACAUUUCUGAAAAAUGUUACUGGGAUGAGUUCCCCAAACCAGAUGUCAGAGUGAAGUCCUAUAGUUUGGGUCACACUCCAUCCUUUCUUACCAGACCAGGCCCCUCCUGGAGGGAGUAUGCCUCGUUCAGACAGCCUAGUAUAAGGAGCUUGGAGGGAUCCCACCAUGCACAGAGACCUGUAGCUAGCCCUUCCUACCUCAUCCCUUCCAUGUACCCAUCCAGACAAACCUCAGUCCCCAUUAGGUUGGAACCCUGCGAUCCACGACGGCGGGCCACUAUUUUUCCAGCAACCUCCAGGUGGCCUUCGUCUUAUCAAGAUACCUUGAGAUCUGCUCAGCACAAAUAUGUCCCCUUGCCUUCAUCCAUUCCAGUAUCCCAGUAUCAACACUGGCCAGGGUCCACUGGAGAAAGUAUGAGACUUGCGGACCCCAGGAGGGGCAUUCCGCGAUCCUACCUGCCCAGAGGAAUCAGCUGGCCCUCUCCUUACUAUGCCUCCUCCCCACAAAGGGAGAUAGAGGCUCACAGAUUAGCAGACAGGGUGCCGGGGAGGGGAGUGGAAUUUGAGAAUCGGGAGGUGAGAGAGGGAGGAAGGACCAGUUAUGCUAGUCAGAGCAGUGGUAGGGGUAGUGCGGGUAUUUUCCGACAGUCCCUCUCCAUCACUCCCACACUUCUUAGCUCCCCUGAAACCACAGAGGAGACUGAGCGGCACCAAAUUGAGAUGGAGCUACCUCACAAGAGAGGAAAAAGAAGGACAACGUCAGUAGAUGAGAGCUAUGAGUGGGACUCCGCUGAUGCCUGCGCGGACUCUGAGGUCCUGGAGGUCACCGUGUUUGAUCAGCCACAUGUUGGUUUUCGGAAAGCUGGGGGGGAGAUGGUCUGUGGUCAGACUCGCUGCACUGGUGGCCUCCAGGACCAGCCAAGAAAAGGCCCAUCUCCCUCAGUCAGCCCACCAGCUUCCAACCCAGCUUGCUGCCGAUACAGCCGCUCCCUAAGUGAGGCGCGGUUCAACACUCUCCGCCAGGAGUACCGAGAGUACAGGCGGGCUCAGGAAUCCGUCUGUUCUCGUGAGCCCCGCCUCGCCCCUGGCCCCGAUUCAGACUCUGAUGCCAAUUCAGCUCUGCUCUAGCAGAUUCAUGUGGUCCGUUACUCUGCCUGACCUUUAACCUCCUUCCAUUUUCUGCCUCCUACUGCUCGCCUAGCGGUCUCCUUUUCUCGCCUGCUCUUCUGUCAUGCACUGUGCAUGCUAAAUCCUACAAACGUGAUGCUGCUCUGUCUGCACACUGCAUGCAUAUUUAUUGUUCUAAAGCUUAUUCCCUGUCUUAUUCCUGCAGGUAUAUCCAAGAUACAUACGGAACGGCACAGAUGGCACCGUGGUCCUCGACACGAUACCUGACCGGAGUGUUUCCA